AUUCCCAAUCAAAUGAUCAAUCUCUCAUUCUGCUUUUAGCUCCGAAGACUCCUUUCCCCUCGUUAAUCCAUCAUCUUUAUUCUCUUUGUCAACUUUUUUUUUGGGAGACUCACAUUUCCAGUUCAUGUUGCUUGUAAACGAAUAGAUAUGCUGCAUUACCUGCUCACAAGGUAAGGCACUGUAUGAAAUAUUACUGUGGCGUAGUAUGGAUGUCCACGUGAUUGAUUCGGAAGAGGGUAUGAGCCAUCCUGGAAUGUCAGAUGAUGGGGAUGCUGAACCUAGUGAAGGUGAAUUAAAUCAUGUAAAUAAUUCCCUAGCUCAUGACGAGGAUGAGAUUUCUGAGCCAUAUCUCGGUAUGGAAUUCGAUUCUGAAGACACUGCUAAAGCUUACUAUGAUGAGUAUUGUAGAAAUAUGGGAUUUAGCUCCAAAGCUGGCCAGCUUUGUCGUUCCACAACUGAUGGGACAAUAGUUGCUAGGGAGUUUGUCUGUGGUAGAGACAGUGUGAAAAGAAGGUCUGCUGACAGUUGUGACGCUAUGCUUAGAAUGGAGUUAAAGGGAGAUGAGUGGGUUGUUACAAAAUUUGUGAAGGAGCAUAGACAUUCUGCGAUGAGUCCAAACAAAGUGCAUUACCUUCGUCCCCGUAGGUACUUUGCUGGUGCUGCAAAGACCAUGGUCGAUGGUUACCAAGGGGUGGGAAUUGUACCGAGUGGUGUGAUGUAUGUUUCCAUGGAUGGAAAUCAUGUCUCCACGGACACAAAUAAUCGUGGUGUCAGGAGCACUCCUCCAGCCGAAGCAAAUCGCUCUGUGAAGAAUAUUGGAACACUGGAUUAUUCUGUUAGGCCUGUUACGAGAAAGAGAACACUGGGGAGGGAUGCUCAAAAUCUGCUUGAUUAUUUCAAGAAGAAGCAGGCUGAGAACCCUGGUUUCUUUUAUGCAAUACAGCUGGAUGAUGGUAAUCAAAUGGCUAAUGUUUUUUGGGCCGAUGCUAGGUCAAGGACAGCCUACAUGCAUUUUGGUGACGCAGUGAAACUGGACACGAGUUACAGAGUAAAUCAGUAUAGGGUGCCAUUUGCUCCAUUUUCAGGGAUCAACCAUCAUGGUCAGACAAUUUUGUUUGGUUGUGCACUACUACUAGAUGAUUCCGAGGCUUCUUUUGUUUGGCUUUUUAAAACAUUUCUUACAGCAAUGAAUGAUCGUCAACCUGUUUCUUUAAUCACUGAUCAAGACGGAGCUAUACAGACAGCAGUGUCACAGGUGUUUCCAGGUGUUCGACAGUGUAUUAAUAAGUGGUAUGUUUUAAGAGAAGGUCCGGAGAAGCUAGCUCAUGUUUGUCAUGUGCAUCCUAAUUUUCAGGUAGAACUGUAUAAUUGCAUAAAUUUGACUGAAACUAUUGAGGAAUUUGAAUUAUCUUGGAGUUCCCUUAUUGAGAAGUAUAAUCUUAGUGCACAUGAUUGGCUUCAGUCACUAUAUAGUGCUCGAGCUCAAUGGGUCCCUGUCUAUUUUCGAGAUUCGUUUUUUGCUGCAAUAUCCCCUAAUCAAGGACUUGAUGGCUCCUUUUUUGAUGGUUAUGUGAAUCAACAGACCACAAUACCUAUGUUCUUUAGACAGUACGAACGAGCAAUGGAGAGUUGGUUUGGAAAGGAGAUUGAGGCUGAUUUUGACACUAUUUGCACCACUCCUGUCCUGCGGACACCAUCACCUAUGGAGAAACAGGCAGCAGAUCUAUAUACACGGAAAAUAUUCACAAAAUUUCAGGAAGAACUAGUUGAAACUUUUGUUUACACUGCUAAUAGAAUUGAAGGGAAUGAAACAAUCAGCACAUUUAGAGUUGCUAAGUUUGAGGACGUUAACAAAGCAUUCAUAAUUACAUUAAAUUACCCUGAAAUGAGAGCCAAUUGUAGUUGUCAAAUGUUUGAGUAUUCAGGCAUCCUUUGUAGACAUGUUUUGACAGUCUUCACUGUGACAAAUGUACUUACACUACCAUCUCAUUACAUCUUGAAACGAUGGACACGAAAUGCUAAGUCUGGGGUUGGGAUAGACGAACAUGGUGGAGAAUUGCAAGGCCAAGUGUCCCUGACAGCACGGUAUAAUAGUUUGUGCAAGGAAGCAAUCAAAUAUGCUGAAGAUGGGGCAAUUGCUACUGAAACUUAUAAUGUUGCAAUGGGUGCUCUUAAGGAAGGUGGGAAGAAGGUUUCUGUCUUAAAGAAAAGCAUUGCAAAAGAUGCACCUCCCAGUUCACAGGCUAUUAGUGCUGCUUAUGUUGACUUUAGGAGCUCAAAUUCUGCUGCAGAUAUAGCCCCAUUGCUAUGGCCACAGCAAGAUGAAAGUACACGGCGAUUCAAUCUUAAUGACACUGGUGCUCCAGCUCAAUCUGCCAAAGAUUUGAAUCUGCCACAUAUGGCUCCUGUUUCGCUCCAUCGGGAUGAUAAUCGUCCCGAUAACAUGCCGGUUCUUCCUUGUUUGAAAUCGAUGACUUGGGAAAUGGAGAACAAGAAUUCAACACCUGGAAAUAGAGUGGCAGUCAUUAAUUUAAAGUUGCAAGAUUAUGGCAAGAAUCCAUCUGCUGAAAUGGAGGUCAAGUUUCAGCUCUCAAGGGUUACUUUAGAACCUAUGCUGAGGUCUAUGGCUUAUAUUAGUGAACAGCUCUCCACCCCAGCUAACAGGGUUGCCGUCAUCAAUUUGAAGCUUCAAGACUCUGAGACCUCUACUGGAGAGUCGGAAGUUAAAUUCCAGGUGUCCAGGGAUACAUUAGGUGCAAUGUUGAGAUCAAUGGCCUACAUUCAAGAGCAGCUUUCAAAUGUUACCAAACCACAAGCAGAGCCAUUAUUGAAGAAGCAGAGGAGAUAAAGGCGUCGUCGUAGGGAUAAAGUAGCAUAUCUCUGUGAAUGGCAUGCCAGAUUCAUUGGUCAUUCAUGUCAAGAUGAUGGUAUGGGAAUGCUCCUCAUUUCGUGGACUGUAUAUUAAUGGAUUUACCCCCUCAACUGUGUAAUUUUCCUCUUCUCGGUGUAAGUGCGUUGUGUAACAUAUUUUUAUAUAUUUAUGUACAUGUAAAAAGAAUGUGAAUUCAAACAUAAUGUUUAGUUACACUUUUUGUUUAGUGAAUUUAGCCAUGCCUGUAA